GAGCCAAUCAGAUGCGUCCAGGUCACAGGUGCCGUGUUUGUAGCGGAAAAGAAGAUGGCUGCUGCGAGGAACGGAAAGAGUGGGCUGCUGGAGAAAUGGAGGAUUGAUGAGAAGCCAGUGAAGAUCGAUAAAUGGGACGGAGCAGCUGUGAAGAACUCUCUGGAUGACGCUGCUAAAAAGGUGCUGUUGGAGAAGUACGGGUAUGUGGAGAACUUCCAGCUGGUGGACGGUCGACUGUUGAUCUGUACUGUUUCCUGUCUGUUUGCCAUGUUGGCUCUGGUCUGGGACUACCUGCACCCGUUCCCCGAGUCCAGACCGGUCCUCGCCUGCUGUGUCAUCUCAUACUUCAUCAUGAUGGGCAUCCUUACUCUGUACACCUCAUACAAAGAGAAGAACAUCUUCCUGGUGGCCCUGCAGAGAGAUCCAGCUGGGAUGGAUCCAGACCACAUCUGGCAGCUCUCCUCUUCCCUCAAACGGUUUGAUGACCAGUACACGCUUAGAGUUUCCUUCACUGACGGGAAGUCAAAGAACUGGAGGGAAGCAGAGUUCACCAAGUCUGUGUCGACUUUCUUCGACGAGAACGGGACGCUGGUGAUGGACCAGUUUGAAAAGUGUGUUUCCAAACUCCACGACACACUGGCAACAGACAAGAAGACCAAAUAAGACAGGAAGCAGUCCAUCAGACCACAACCACAGUUUGAUACUGAUGGAAGAUCAUAGUGUUUCCCUCCUCUCACCCAGUUCACUGCUUUCAAUUCAUUUCUGUGAGGACCAACCUGCACAGAGACGAUCCAUCACACCAGCUUCUUCAGUUUGCUCAAAAUUCCCACAUUUUCAUUUUAUUUAGUGUUAUGAAUAUGUUGAUGUGAGGCCACGUGUUGUCUGGGUUUGGUUUAUGACAUUAUGAAAUAACCUUAUGUGUUUAAAGUGUUUAUACAUGAGUUCAAACAGGAAACAGCUGCAGCCUCAUGUCCUGAUGGAAGUAAUCAGCUAAUCAAUAAAUUCACCAAAUCAUCAGACAUGUGAUUCUUCUGAAUGAACAACAUCCGUGUUUUUAAUUGGAUAAAUUCGAUUUAAAAGUGUGAACACUGUUUGAGAGUAGCACGUCAGUGUCCAUCUCUCUGUCGUCCACCUGAACAUCCUGAUUGAUUCCACAGCAUCUGAUUUGAUGAGCUGUGAACAGAACAUCAGUGUAUCUCUCCGAUGUCAGUGUGUCAGUGAAUGCAUCACUUCAUUAUGAUAAUGUUGCUUUGACAAAGAUAAUCAGUUCAUCAAGCAAAUAAUCAGUUAAAUAAAUAAUGUCAAAUGGAGACAUCUGCUGGUGACAUAUGGUAUUACACAACACGUCAGUAUGAAACAGUGAAAUUCAGGUGCUGCUCUCUUUAGUAUUUUGUUCAUUAAAUGUUUAAGUUUUUCAGCAGUUUACAACUGUGACAUGAAGCUGAUGAGAUUAAAACAGUCUUUGUCUUUUUAUAAGAUGCUGACAGUGCAGAGAUGAAAUGAGCUGUCAGGACUCAGACCAGGACGCUGUAGUUAUGUGGUCUGCAGGAUUUUAACGUGCUGUUUGACACUGCAGCAUCUCUGUGUGAUGGAUUCUGUCUCUGCAGGGUUCAGAUUUUCAUAGACCUGAAACCAGUGAACAGCCUUGAGAGGAGGGAAAUUGAAUAGCUCAACAUGAUGUCUGUGGUCACAUCAGAGCUUUUCCUCUUUCUCAGAACAGUUUUCUGUCAGUCACAAUCAUAAGACGGUUUGAUCACAGCAGGAAAUUAGAAAUAUUAACAUCUGUUGAUCUGAUGGACAUGUCUGAGUGAGACUUGUGACCUUUCACAGCGUCUGAACUCGUCAUGUAAUGAUUCCAUUUGUCCUUCAGAUCAUCACCACUUUCUCAUUAGAGCUUUUGUCUUUUUGCAGUUUAAACAUUUAGGAAUAUUCAGCAUCUGAUGGGAUGAACAGUUUUUAACAGUUUGACAAUUUAUGAGUGUUAACACUUGUUUUUCUUCAGAGUUGAACGGUUUAAUCAGUCAGCAGAUGUUAAGCUUAUUGUCAGUAUUUCUGUGUAAGUUAAAAUAACAUUUCAGCUCCACAACAGUUUGAUCUACAGACUCAGGCUCAGCUCCAUCCUGCCUCAUACUGUGACUCAUUCUAACACACAGCUCUUUAGGCUUCAUUUUAAUAAUAACAAGUAUAAUAUAAUAUGAGUCAGACUUCUUGUUUGUCAUCAGUCACAAUGCGACAUGUCACUGGUGGGCGGGGCCAUGUGAGGGUGACCUAAGGGAGCAAAAACACCUGUAAAAGUGGAAGACAAACCAGCAGCGCAAGGAAUCACUAAAAAAAAAACGAUCAGGAGCUGUGACGUCAGCUCAUGACAGUUGGGAUUCUGCAGAUCCAGGCAAAUAAAAAAAAAAGAAACGGAAAUAAAACUAGACAUUUUUGUUCCAUGGCGUCACAGUUCUGAGCUUCUCCUUAGUUUUUAUUUUUGUCUCAGUGUCGAACAUCUUUACUGACAGUGACAGAUGCUAAUUAGCAUCAUUAGCAUUUAUCACUGAGGCUAACAGGCCUGUGGUGAUGCUAAUGCUUCAGACGACAGUGGGUUAGUAUUCGUAUGUUGAUGCCUUACAACAGAAAGUGGACUGAAUGUCGACCAAAUUUUUAUUUUGAAUGUUUUGUAUCAUUGUUUUUGUCAGAGCUUUAUUCUCUGUAACUGUCCGUGAAAACAUUAAAGAUGGAGAUUGUUACUGAAACAC